CCGGGAACCACCGUGUCCCCUCACAACGCCCCCGCACAACAACCGUCUAGCCCGAUCGCCGCCGCCCGGCAGCCAAUCAGCGCUGAGCUCCCGCCCCGCCCGCCAGACGGGCGGCGUGGCUGGCCAAUGAGAAACGGCGAUGGCGCAGAAAGAGAACGCGGACCCCGGCGUGCCCAGCCUGCCCGAGGUUCGCCGCGAGGAGCCGCUCCCGCCGGAGCGCCGGCCAGCUGAGCCUUCGCCACCAGGAGCUGCGCCCCUGCAGCCCAUUGCCCUGCAGGCCUCUCCCCCGCCACAACGGACCUUCACGCUGGAUGACUUUGAGAUUGGGCGGCCGCUGGGGAAGGGCAAGUUCGGGAGCGUCUACCUGGCACGGGAGCAGAGCACGAAAUUCCUGGUGGCGCUGAAGAUCCUCUUCAAGUCCCAGGUGGAGAAGGAAGGGGUGGAGCACCAGCUGCGGCGGGAGAUCGAGAUCAUGGCCCACCUACAGUCAGGAAGCACAAGCACGGCGGUGUCAGGGGGAGGCGGGCACCCCAACAUCCUGCGCCUCUACAACUACUUCCACGAUGAGCGGCGGGUGUUCCUCAUCCUGGAGUACGCGCCCGGGGGGGAGCUCUACAAGGAGCUGCAGCGCCAAGGCCGCUUCGAUGCCACCCGCACCGCCACGCUGAUGGAGGAGGCGGCAGACGCGCUGCUGUACUGCCACGGGAAGAAGGUGAUCCACCGGGACAUCAAACCUGAGAACCUGCUGCUGGGGCUGAUGGGGGAGCUGAAGAUCGCGGACUUCGGGUGGUCUGUGCAUGCCCCCUCCCUCCGAGCUGCCUUUAUGUACCUCUGGAGAGGCGGUGGGUGCGUGUACACAUGGGGGUGUCUCCUCAUGGGGUGCCCCCCAGGCGGAGGACACUGUGUGGGACGCUGGAUUACCUUCCCCCCGAGAUGGUGGAGGGGCGUGAGCACGACGAGAAGGUGGAUCUGUGGUGCCUGGGGGUGCUCUGCUAUGAGCUGCUGGUUGGGCACCCCCCCUUCGAGAGCCCCUCCCACAACGAGACCUACCACCGCAUCACCAAGGUGGACCUGCACUUCCCGCCCCCCGUGCCCGAGGGCGCCCGUGAUCUCAUCUCGCGCCUGCUGCGCCGCAGCCCGGCCCAGCGCCUGCCCCUGCGGGACGUGCUGCAGCACCCCUGGGUGCGCGCCCACUCCCGCCGGGUGCUGCCCCCCGCCUACGCGUCCCCACCCCCUGAGUUCAAACACUCGGAUUAUUAAAGAUUUGCAGUAAUAUAAUAAAAAUCAGCCUGCGCCCUUGCUAAA